AUAUCUGCUUCAUUCUCCACUUUUCGAUCUAAAAAAGGACGUCACGCUGUCUUGGUGUCUUCACUCAUUAUUUCUAAAUAAGUAAAACCUGCAUUUUUAACUGUGGAUUAUUGGUUUCGUAUCAGCUCCUAGGUGUGUCAACUAUAAUGGCAGAUGACUUUGAUGUUGAGGCGAUGUUGGAGGCUCCGUUUAUGAAGGCCAAAACCUUUAACUCAAUUUGUUGCUAGAGAUUGAAUCACUUUGGUCACGCUAAAAAUGUAAAGCUGGAGACCAUUUGAUAAAUGCACAAAAGUACACAUUUGGGUCUGGGAAAGCAGCAAAUUUUGAUACGCAGCAGUAAAAAUUUACUACUGCUACCCCAAAAAUAACAACCAUUCAACUCUGCAUCAUCAGUUCUUACAAUUAAUAAUGUCAAUCAUGAUAGAGCAUAUUUAUUAAUAUAUAAAACCAUUCAAGGAGGCAACAAAGUCAUUCUAAACUCGUCGAAAGGAGGUGAAGUGUUGUCUAAAAGAUUGGCAAAUGUGUAGCUCCAUUGUAUUUGUACUUAAGAGAAUUAAUAUUUCUGCCGUUGGUGCUGGUUCUUCUGAGAAUGACGAAACAACUAGGGAUAAUCGUCAUGGAGAAACUAACAAAUUUUCAAGAGGAACAAACCGAGAUAGUAAAACCGAUUCAUCUGAUCAUAAUAGUCGCAAAAAUGUAUCCAGAAGCCGAUCUGGAUCCCGAGACAUCGAUGAUAGAAAACAUAACCGGAGUUCUAAGAUAAAUCGUGAAAAAGGCAAAGAUAGAAAUCGAUAUCGAUCAAAUGAUCGAGAUGGAGAACGAGAUAAGGAACGUAAGAGAUAUUCGCGAGAACGAGAUCGUAAUCGAAGCAGAUCACGAGACGGCCGAGCUAGAAGUCGGUCUCGUGAUCAAGCACGUACUCGAUCAAAUGAUAGAAGAUCCAGCCGACCACGUUCUGAACGCAGAAGUAGCCGAUCCUAUGAUCACCGUCGUAGUCGCUCCAAAGAACGAAGGAAUAGAGAUGUUCUUAGCCCUAUAAGAGAACGGGGUCGCAGUCGUUCAAGCAGGCGUUCCAGAUCUCGAGAAAGAAGCAGUCGGAGACGCACUGGAUCUCCACGACCAUUUAGAAGAGGUCGAACUCCGCCAAAUGGGUUAGGAUCGGAUCGUUCACCCCCAACUGAGCUUAGUCCAGAAGAACGAGAUGCUCGGACUAUAUUUUGCAUGCAGUUGUCUCAGCGUGUUCGAGCUCGCGAUCUCGAAGAAUUUUUUUCCAGUGUCGGAAAAGUUCGAGACGUCCGUCUGAUAACAUGUAAUAAGACAAAACGUUUCAAGGGUAUAGCCUACAUUGAAUUUAAAGAUCCCGAAUCGGUUGCCCUUGCGUUAGGCUUAUCAGGACAAAGACUCUUGGGAAUUCCUAUUGUCGUGCAGCACACACAAGCUGAAAAAAAUCGCAUAGCCAAUGCUGUACCAACAUUUACUCCGAAAAAUCAUACUGGACCAAUGAGAUUAUAUAUAGGAUCGUUGCAUUUUAACAUAACGGAGGACAUGCUGCGUGGAAUAUUUGAACCUUUUGGUAAAAUUGAUACAAUACAGCUAAUAAUGGAUUCAGAAACUGGUCAUUCGAAAGGUUAUGGCUUCAUAACGUAUCAUAAUGCGGAAGAUGCCAAAAAGGCUUUAGAACAAUUGAACGGAUUUGAACUUGCAGGACGUCCAAUGAAGGUUGGAAAUGUAACGGAAAGGUUGAACAUAAACACGUCUUCGCUUGACACGGAUGAAAUGGAUCGUAGUGGGAUUGACUUAGGCGCAACUGGUCGCCUCCAACUGAUGUUUAAGCUAGCUGAGGGUGCAGGCCUUGCCGUUCCUCAAGCGGCAGCUAAUGCAUUACUUGCUACUGCUCCACAACCUGUACCCAUAAACACUCAAGCACAAACUCCCCCAAUAGCAACACAAUGUUUUUUACUGUCGAAUAUGUUUGAUCCACGCACAGAAACCAAUCACGAUUGGGAUUUAGAUAUAAUGGAUGAUGUUAUAGAUGAAUGCACCAAACAUGGCGGCGUAUUACAUAUUUUUGUAGAUAAGAUGACUGCCGCGGGUAACGUAUAUGUAAAAUGUCCUAGUAUUACAACUGCUGUUUUAGCAGUAAAUUCUUUGCAUGGACGUUGGUUUGCAGGGCGUGUUAUUGGUGCCACCUAUAUUCCAUUGCUUAAUUAUCACUCAAUGUUUCCUGAUGCUAUAACUGCGGUUAACUUACUUACUUCAAGAAAGAAAUGAAGUGGUACUGUACAAUACGCAACAUAAUAUUUUUUCAUAUUUAACGCAUCUUUUCCGAUGCUUUAUAUUAUAUAUGCGUAUUUAGAGGUCAUUUUCAUUUAUGCACUCAUUCCUGUCCUUUAGGCUAAGACUUUAUGUUUAUUAAUUGCAGUAGUUUUUGGGAGGACUAAAUAAAUGUUAUGUAAAAGUACAGAUUCAAA